AUGGCUGCUGUAUGUAUUUAUGCUUGGUCUUUUAUGAUACAAAUAUUUUUAUCAAAUAAUUUCAUGCUUUGGUAUUUUGCUAAACAAUUGUCAAUCUUGGCUAAUGAAUCCGUUGGAGCUUCUGAACCUGGAGACUUGUCAAGUUGUCUAAAAAGCGAAUACAAAAGUAAACAAUUUGAAAUAGUGAACAAUCCCAUUAAUGCGAAUGGUGAUAAAAGAAAUUCUGAAAAACUUUUGUCCGAUCAGCAAGAAAAAACUCUACAACUUACCAGAUAUGAACGAGUCAAAUAUUUUCAUUCUGAUUUUGACAUUUUAUUGAUGAUAGAUAAUGUGGCAAAAAUGUUUCCAGCAGGAUAA